UAUUGGGUAAUUAUAUUAGGACUUAUUAGUUAGAAUCCAAUUUGCUAGUAUGAUUAAAUCAUUUCUAAAGCUCAAUUUAAUUGCUAUAAGAUCAUUGUCAAGAGAUACAGUAAGAACCUAUUGCGUUUGCACAAAUACGUGCUGGAGUUGCAGGAAACCGUUGGUUACGAGUAAUAAAUUUUUCUGUGCCUCAUGCGGCUCGCUACAAAAAGUUAAGAAUGCGGAUUUUUUCACUUUAUUAGAUGUACCCAACACUUUCUCGGUCAACACCUCUAUAUUGUCCUCCAAUUUUCGACAAUUACAAACCAUUCUGCAUCCCGACAAAUUUAGUCAAAAGUCAGACAAGGAAAAAAUGAAUUCUCUUGAGUGGAGCUCAUUAAUAAACAAGGCAUACAAAACAUUAUCUAUACCACUAGAGCGUGCGAUCUACAUUUUGCAUAAAAAAGGAAUCUCAAUCGAUGAAGAAAAUACUUCUGUGGACCCUGAUUUCUUAUCGGAUGUGAUGGAUUUAAAUGAGCAGGUUGAAGAGGCUGCCAGUACGACUGAUCUAGAAGCAAUAGCCAAGAGUUUAAAUAGCGAUGUUGACCAUCUCUACACUUCGUUGCAUAAAUAUUUUAGUAGCAAUGAAUUAGAUAAGGCCAAGUCCACUCUAGUUCGUUUGAAGUAUUUGCUGAAUAUUGAUAGUGUUAUAAAACAAAAACAAUUAAAAUAUAAAUUGCAGUAACAACUAAUUUCAGCCAAAUGCGUUAUAACCUCAUGCUCACUAAGUAAAAAAUACAAAUAUUGUACUCUAGUGAAACUGGCUAAAAUAAAUAGGGAAACUGUCACUUGAGCCAAUUUGUUCUAAUUCCUAUUUCAGGGCUUGCAAAUUGAAGCAACGAAUAUUAACAAAAGGGUUUCACCAUUUGUGCUAUUCACACACAUUCGUAUGUCAGGUAGAAUUCACAGCGCAACCCAAGCAAGAAAAGCUGCUUCGUUCGAUCAUCAGUUCCUGAAUAUGCCCGCUAUCUAAAACCCAUGCUUCACGAGGUUAGCAUUUGAUGAAUGGUUCUCAUAUUAAAGAUGCCUAUGCCUAUUCAUAACUUUUAGUUCCGAUGAAUAUUAAUUUAAAGAACAUUGCUUUUAAUGUUUCUAUGAUAUGUACACAGUGUAAACUCCCAAGAAACAAAUUGAUCGUUUCGAAAAUGGGCUCAUAUGCAAAAAUUUCUGCUAUAAAAUGUUUAAAGUAUGUUUGAAAUGUGAUCAAAUUUGGUCUUAGAAUGCGAGCAUUAUGUUCAAAAAUGAUUUCUGUAAACCUACACUGUUAAAACACUCUAAACAUUGCCUAUAUGACUUUACUUCGUGUCUUCUAGCACGCCGUGAAGCAAGGCCUUCUUUCUCGUACAAUACUAACGAGAGCGAACCCUUCAUUUCAUUACAUUGAGGAUUCACAAUACAAGCCCUGUUUGAAUACAAGACAUGGUUGGGAACAAAGCAGUAAGAUUUUUAUUUACUUCCGUUGGCUCAGUAAGGUAGGCACUGGUCACAUUAGCCUAUGUCGUCGUAUGUUAGAACCCCGUCCAGAAAUGAUUUUUAGGGUCAAACCAAACCUUUCAUUCGACCUUUGGUUUGUUAUUCCGGUGUCUUAUAAAUUGAACCGCUCAUCCAGAUCGGCUUUGAAGUCUUUUUUUUUUUUUAAACAAAAGGUCUUGUUCUAUAAUAAAAUUUAGCGUAAGAUUUUAUUUAAUAGUACGGUGCAAUAGCAAUUUCCAUGUACUAACAUUAAAACGAUAUUGUAAUUUUUUUGGAACUGUAUCUUUUACGGCGAAACGAUCCUACAGAUUAAUAGCUGCCGCGCUGCAAGUGAGUUAGACAUUGCCAGCCAUCAGCUGCGCAUGUGCGAAGCGGGUCAGUGAUCAGCUGGGCACGUGGAAGAAAAAGAGAUAGUAGCGCAAGCACGUACUGGUCGAAAUAACGAGCAUGCGCGUGCAGCAUUUUUUAGUAGGAUCUCUGCGAGAGGUCCAGAUUUUCUAGACUAGGAAUUGGUAUAUAAGACCCAAAAUUUGUAAAUAAAAUCAGAAGUUUUUGGAAAGUCAAA